CAAAAAUAGAUACGCUGUCGUUUCACGGAGACGGCGAAUCCAUAAAAAUGACAGUGAAGAAAAGAAAUCUCCGAUCAAGAGUUCCCAAUUCAAAGUUUUGGCGGGUUAUCAAAAUGAAUUGGCUUGAAGGAUCAUAUCCUGCAUUUUGAAAAUAGAAGAAGCCAAAACUAACACUUCCGAGUUCCAAUUCCCAUCUCUGCGAAUCUUUCACCCCUCUAUCUCUAUCCGCAUUCUGGUCCGGUUCGGUUCACAACAAUCACUUUCCGAUUCAGUAGCUUUUCCUUUUCUCUUUGUAGCCAGUUUUUUUCAAAUGCAAUGGCUAGUAAUAAUUUAUCUGCUGAUAAAGUUAUUGCAAAGCUGAUAGAAAUGGGAUUCGAGAAUUCUUGUGCCGUUCAAGCUGUAAAAAAAGUGGGUCCUUCUCUUGAUAAUGCUGUUGAGUGUAUCGUGAAUGAUUCUGCUGGAGACUCCAGAAUUGCACCAACAAAUUCUGAAUGUUCUACUACCAGUAGAAAAAGAACAUCUUCCUCUACUAUUUCGGGUCAAAUGAAGCAAUCUAGUAUUUUGGACCAUUUCCAAUCCACAAACAGACCCAAAAAAAGCAGAACCAAUAAUGUUGUGCCUGAUAUAUCAAUUUCUAAAUCAGAGAUCUUGACACUUCCUGUAGAUGAAGCUAAGGUAUCCUUGACAAGCUUGGAUUCUGGUAACAUCAAAACUGUGCCGGAAGGUUCGCCAAUUUUCUGCCAAGAAGAGUUUGAUAUUGAAUUAGAUUGGGAGCAGAAAGCUAAUUUUCUGUUGAAAAAACAUUUUGGCUAUCCCUCCUUGAAGAGUUUCCAAAAGGAAGCCUUGGCUGCUUGGAUAGCUAACCAAGAUUGCCUUGUUCUUGCUGCAACAGGAUCUGGGAAAUCUCUGUGUUUUCAGAUUCCAGCACUAUUAACUGGGAAGGUUGUGGUUGUGAUUUCACCAUUGAUAAGCUUGAUGCACGAUCAGUGCUUAAAGCUAUCAAGACAUGGGAUCUCUGCAUGCUUUCUUGGAUCUGGGCAACCUGACAGUACUGUUGAACAGAAAGCAAUGGGAGAAAUGGAGUUUCAAGUUUCUCUAUUGAAUAAGCACACAAUUUUCUUCAGACUGAUAAAACAACUACAGAGGCUUGCAGAAAGUCGUGGAAUUGCUCUUUUUGCGAUUGACGAAGUGCAUUGUGUUUCUAAGUGGGGCCAUGACUUUCGGCCUGACUACAGGCGUCUGUCUGUGUUGCGGGAGAAUUUUAGUGCUUGCAAUUUGCAUUUCUUAAAGUUUGAUAUACCACUGAUGGCGUUGACUGCAACUGCCACCAUUCAAGUUCGAGAAGACAUUCUUAAAUCGUUGAGCAUGUCGAAGGAAACAAAGAUUGUGCUUACUUCAUUUUUCAGGCCAAAUCUAAGGUUCUUGGUAAAACAUAGCAGAACCUCUUCUUCCUCUUCUUAUAAAAAGGAUUUCCGUCAGUUGGUAGACAUAUAUGCAAGGAAGAAAAAGAAGAAACAAAGUGUGUUCUCAGAAGUAUUAAAUGAUUUUUCUGAUAGCUCUGAUGAUAACAAUAUGUCAGAUACAGAUGAAUGUAGUGAUUUGGAUGAUGAAGUAACUCUAGUGGAGGAAAAUGGAUCAACUGCAUCAGAGGGAAAAGAGCUGUCAGUUGAAUAUUUGGAAAAUGAUAUUGAUAUCUUCCAGAGUGCGAAUGACUGGGAUGUUGCAUGUGGUGAAUUCUCUGGAAAAUCUCCCCACAAGGAUAUUGGGUCAACAGAGACAGCUGAUGCCCCUAGUACAGUAGAAGAACGAUUAAAACUAAUGAAACGGCCUAUAGAAGAGGGACCAACCAUCAUAUAUGUCCCUACAAGAAAAGAAACACUAAGCAUUGCAAAUCACCUUUGUGAUUUUGGCGUGAAGGCUGCUCCUUAUAAUGCUUCAUUGUCAAAAGCACAUUUGCGACGGGUUCACAAGGAAUUUCAGGACAACAUGCUAGAGGUUGUUGUGGCAACCAUUGCUUUUGGAAUGGGAAUAGACAAAUUAAAUGUCCGAAGAAUUAUCCACUAUGGCUGGCCACAGAGUUUGGAAGCAUAUUAUCAAGAAGCAGGACGUGCUGGAAGGGACGGGAAACUUGCAGAAUGCAUUCUAUAUGCAAACCUUUCAAGAUUACCAUCACUUUUGCCAAGUAAAAGAAGUGAAAAUCAGAUGAAACAAGCAUACAAAAUGUUGUCUGAUUGUUUCAGAUAUGGAAUGAAUACCUCAUGUUGCCGCGCUAAAACACUCGUGGAGUAUUUUGGGGAGGACUUCAGUUAUGAGAAGUGUCUCUUAUGUGAUGUGUGUAUUCUUGGGCCUUCUGAAAUGCAGAAUUUGCAAGAGGAGGCCAAUAUCUUAAUGCAGAUUAUUGCUGCUCAUCAUGAGCAGAGCAGUUUUCUUGGUGACUCAUAUGAUGAUACAUACGGCGACUCCAAAUCACAUAGAUUAAUAUUGAAGCCAAACCUCAGGAUGUUUGUCAGCAAGUUAAGGGAGCAGUCUCAAAAAUUUUGGGCAAAAGAUCAGCUAUGGUGGCGAGGUCUUGCCCGUGUUCUUGAAGAUAAAGGAUACAUCAGAGAGAGUAAUGACAAGAUUCAUGUUCAAAUAAAUUUUCCGGAGCCAACAAAACUAGGAUUGGAGUUCCUAGACUUUGGAAGAAAUGAACCUUUUAACAUCUAUCCUGAAGCGGACAUGCUGCUCUCAAUGAACGAACACAAAUCUCAUUCUACUUUUGCAGAUUGGGGAAAAGGUUGGGCUGAUCCUGAGAUCCGCCGCCAGCGGUUAGAAAGAAGGCGGUCGAGUACCAGUAGAAAGCAACAAAAACCAAGACAGCCACGAAAGAGAAAGUCCAGAAAAGUGAAACCAGAUAUGAGAACUUCUCGAGGGAGAAUUACAGCAAAACUCUCAAAACUGAAGUGAAUCAGAGAUUAAAGAUUACACAUUAUUUUGUUCUUAGAUUAAAUACUAAAUAGUCAAAGAAUACUGUUUCUUUCAACUUCCAAUAUAGAACAUGGCUUUGAUCGAGUUUUUUGUCGAUGCAUUCACAGACGGCAAGUGACGUAACUUGUAUAGUGAGAACCUAUUAUGUGAUUAAAUGGUUACAUUUAGAAAUCCCAUGUA